AUGAACGAAAGCGUGAAUCGGACAUUGAACGUGGAAUUGUAUCCGAAUCAUGCACAAAAACAAUUGCUAAAACGAUGGAUGGGAUUGAUGAGAUUGAUUUAUAACACGAUUAUUGGGUAUCUUCAAAAAAGACAUCACAUUAUCGUUCAUAUCGAUGAUAAUAAAACUAAAUUCAGGAAAUCAAUAAAUUUUCCAAAAACACAAUAUUUAAGAACCAUAGUGUACUUGAAACUAAGAAUCAAAAAAGUUUACGAUGAAAUUCCCAAUAAUAUCAUCGAUGAGACCAUUGAUGAAGCAAUCAAAAAUUACAAUGCUAAAGAAAGAGGCUCAAAAUUAUCAUACAAAUCAAAGAAAGAUCUGAAACAUACAAUUAGUAUACGCGCGCAAAAUUUUUCAAAAAAGGAUCAUGGAAGAUUUUAUGUGAGAUAUCUGUUCAAUAAAAAUAUGAUAUCAGAUAGGAUUAAACCGAACGAGCUAAUUCUGGGAAAGAGAGAUUUACGAUUCGGCCAUCUUGAAACCAAAAGGAAUAACAAUAAAUGGCCAUUAACAUUUGCACAAGAUUGUAAACUAACGUAUCAUCGUAAAACAAAUGAAUGGUUCCUAUCAUGGACGCAUGAAAGAUCGAUAAAAGCUAAAGAAACUUAUGAAAAAUUUGUAGCGAUAGACCCGGGUGUGAGAACCCCGUUUGUGAUGUACUCACCAACUAAAGGUACUCACGAGAUUGGUAAGAACGAUUCUCAGAGGUUGAUAAGAUUGGGAUAUCAUGCUGACAAACUAAGCUCAAAAAGAGACAAACUAAACAAUUCAACAUCCAGAAGAAAGAAGAAAAAAGCCAAGAGAAUCGAUAAAGCUAUAGCUCGAAUAUUUCGAAAAAUCAAAAAUUUAAGAAACGAACUCCAUAAAAAGACUAUAAAUUAUCUUACAAAAAAUUACGAUGUGGUUAUAAUCCCGGAGUUUGGAGUAAAAAACAUGGUAAAAAGAGAAAAAAGAAAGAUCAAAUUCAAGGUCGUGAGAAGCAUGUUAACGUGGUCGCAUUACAUGUUCAGACAAAGGCUGAAAUUCAAAGCCGAAGAAACUGGUCUGAAAGUAGUGAUCCAAGACGAAUCUUACACUUCGAAAACAUGUUCUAAUUGUGGUAACAUACAAAAUAUUGGUGGGAAAAAAGUUUAUAAAUGUAAAAAUUGUAGUUUAGUUAUAGAUAGGGAUGUAAACGGAGCUCGAGGGAUAUUCCUUCGAGCGUUGCUUGAUGGAGCCAUAUGUAUGCAUAUGUAG